AUGGCAUUAUUUUCCAGAGGUGUUGGAGCUGCGGAACCAUUGUUCUGUUUAAGUUGUUCCUCGGUGAUCUCCCCUCGUCAUUGUCAUAAUAUAAGGAAAUGUGAAGAAGGACAGGUGUGCUAUACAGAAAAGUUUACAAAUUAUAAUGGCGAAACACUGUACGAUGUCGGCUGCCACACAAUGAGUUAUUGUAAUUUAACCAACGCUGGUAGCAGUCUUCUUGAUAUUACGUCGAACACGCAAAUAAAACAGUGUGUUGAAUGCUGUGACGGCAAUGCCUGCAAUAGUCAUGGAUGUAAAUCUAAGGACUACCCUGCAACCAGAGGUCCAAUAUGUUUUAGUUGUCAACAAACAACUGAUCCCUCUUUGUGUAGAACAAUCAGAGUUUGCAACGAAGAUGAGGUAUGUCACCUUCACGAAAUUCACGAAUUCGGCGAACGUUUUUUCUCUUCCAUGUGUCUUCAAAGACAGAUUUGUGAUGCUUAUAAUCCUGGAAGUUUAUUUGGUAGAAAACGAUUUGUACAUACGUGUUCAAUGUGUUGUGGAACCGACCUCUGCAAUCACAACUGUGGACGUCUUCCAAUUGACUGUUUGGAUAUCUAUAAAAACGGUCAACGAAUAACUGGUGUAUACAAGAUAUACCCUUCCAAGGACUUUAAUAAGCCUGUUCAAGUAAAAUGUAAUAUGGAUAUACAAGGAGGAGGUUGGACGACUAUUCAGUUUAGGUCUCGGGACAACCCUCCUGUGGAUUUCAAAGCAACAUGGGAUGAAUACAAGAAAGGUUUUGGAGAUGUUCAGGGAAACUAUUGGUUGGGAAACGAUCUGAUUCAUCAACUGACCACAGUGUACAACAGUUCUCUGUAUAUAACGAUGAAGAAGACGGAUGGUCACGUGUAUCAUGCGCAAUAUUCAUCCUUCUCAAUCUCAAAUGAGACCGAUGGUUAUCGUCUGUCGUUAGGAAAGUUUUCAGGAAACGUUUUACAUGAUGAAUUCCGAGACCAUACUGUGGUAGACAAAGAAUUUUAUACAUUUGAUCACGACAAUGCUGCUAAAUGCUCGGCCCAAUGUGGCUCCGGGUGGUGGUACCAAUCAUGUACAACUACCAAUCUAAAUGCUCCAUUCUCGGGAAUCCAUCGGGACUCAGUGUGGUACAACACAAUACAUAACGGAGGAGAGCUCAUGCGGUCGUCCAUGUUGAUAAAAAGAUUAGAAUAAUGUAAAGUUAUUAUAAAAUGCCACUUCUAUAUUUAUUCCAAUAAUAAUAAAGGAUCAUGAUAAAGGUUUAUCAUUAUGUACAUGUACUAGUAGGAUUUGGAUUGAUGUUUGCAGUGGU